UACGCAGGAUGUGCUGCACAGGUCUUUUUCUUUGUCUUCUUCCUCUCAGCAGAGUAUUCCCUUCUCACCAUCAUGUCCUAUGACCGCUAUGUUGCCAUCUGCAAGCCCCUGCACUACAGGACCCUGCUGGGCAGCAGAGCUUGUGCCACCAUGGCAGCAGCUGCCUGGGGCACUGGGCUUCUCAAUGCUCUGCUGCACACUGCCAAUACAUUUUCUCUGCCUCUGUGCCAUGGCAAUGUUGUGGAUCAGUUCUUCUGUGAAAUCCCCCACAUCCUCAAGCUCUCCUGCUCAGAUGCCUACCUCAGGGAAGUUGGGCUUAUUGUCUUUAGUGCCCUUGCUUUACUUGGUUGUUUUGUAUUCAUUCUGUUCUCCUAUGUGCAGAUCUUCAGGGCUGUGCUGAGGAUGCCCUCUGUGCAGGGACGACACAAAGCCUUCUCCACGUGCCUCCCUCACCUGGCCGUGCUCUCCCUUCUCGUCUGCUCUGCCUUUUUUGCCUACCUGAAGCCCCCCUCCAUCUCCUCCCCAUUCCUGGACCAGCUGGUUUCAUUUCUGUACUCAGUGGUGCCUCCAGCACUGAACCCUCUCAUCUACAGCAUAAGGAACCAGGAGCUCAAGGAUGCUCUGUGGAAACUCAUGACCAAACGUCUUCUGAAAGCAAUGAACUGCCCAUCUUUAUCUAUAUAG